AUAAACGAUGAAGAAUCCUUCCUAAUGCCAACUCAGCGAAUCCGCAUUGUAUGGGAGGUGUUAAUGAAAACAGAGUAUGAAGAAGAUGCUGGUGCAAAAAGAGGGACAUUACAUUGGUGAGUCAGUUGGUAAGGGAGAGCCAGGUUACUGCGAACGCACCAUACUAUACAAUGAAUGGGCACGACCAGCAUGCUGGUAUAAAACUCAGCCUUUAUUUCUCAUCAAGCGAUAUUUUGGAGAAAAGACUGCAUUUUACUUUACGUGGCUUGGGUUUUACACAACUAUGUUGAUUCCAGCAGCAGUUUUUGGAAUAUUGACAAUGCUCUAUGGCUUUUCCACCAUCAAAACAUCAAAAUCAGUCCAAGAGAUUUGUGAUGAGAAAAUCAGUGGGAACAUUAUUAUGUGCCCACUUUGUAACAAACAUUGUGGUUUUUGGCAUCUGAAAGAUAUGUGUAUUUAUUCUAUGAUCACACAUGCCUUUGACAACCCAGCCACAGUUAGCUUUGCUGUACUUAUGUCUUUCUGGGCUUCCAUAUUUAUUGCAUUAUGGAAAAGAAAACAGGCACAAACUGCAUGGGAGUGGAAUCUCUCAGGUGUUGAACACACUCUUGAAAUAGUUCGACCAGAAUAUGAAGCUAAAGUAUUCACCUACAAACUAAACCCUGUUACAAUGAUGUUUGAACCAUUUUUACCUUCUUGGAGCAAAGUUGGUCGCAUUGUUGGAUCCAGUUCAAUUGUAUUUCUUUUGCUGCUCGCCGUUAUGGGAGCUGUUUUUGGUGUGAUUGUAUAUCGCAUAAUCAUUGUAACAUUGAUGAUUUCCAGUGAAACUAUCUUUUGGAGAAAUAAUGCCAAAAUUGUUACAUCAUUUACAGCUUCUCUUCUGAAUUUAGUUUUUAUUGUCAUCAUGGAUAUGGUUUAUCGCAAACUUGCUGUCAGGUUGACUGAAAUGGGUUUAACCACUAAAGGUUCUCUUCAGUGUCUUAUGCUAUAG